ACAAUAAAUACAUCCGCCCCCAAAUGCAAAUACAUCAAGAGAGAUUCCUUCCCUGGGGCUCAGAGCAGGCUCAGGCAGGAGAGCAGCAUGAUGAGGUUGGUUGUCUUGCUAGCUGUGCUUUACAGUGGAGUAAGCAGCAGCAUUGUGCUGCAGAAGAUGUAUGGGAGGAUCACAUCUCCCAACUUCCCAAAUGUCUACCCAAAUCACAAGGAGAGAAUCUGGAAUAUUACUGUUCCCAAGGGAUAUUCUGUCCGCAUUUACUUCACCCAUUUCAAUCUGGAGCUGUCCUACCUGUGUGAAUACGAUUAUGUGAAGCUGAGCUCUGGUGGGAGGACCUUGGCCACGCUGUGUGGAAAGGAUAGCACAGACACUGAGGAGGCUCCGGGCAACAAGACCUACAACUCCAUUGACAACAACCUCAUGGUAGUGUUUCGGUCUGAUUACUCCAAUGAGAAACCAUUCACAGGCUUUGAGGCCUUUUAUGCUGCUGAAGAUAUCGAUGAGUGCCAAAGAGUGUUUGAUGGUGAACCCCUCUGCAAUCAUCACUGUCACAACUACGUGGGGGGCUACUAUUGCAGCUGUCGGAUUGGCUACACACUGCAUGAAAACAAGAGGACGUGCACAGCCCACUGCCAGAGUCAGUUUUUACUGACACAAUUGGAAAAUCACCAUUCCCAACUAUCCAACACCUUAUCCCUGCUCGGCUCCUGCAGCUACAGUGCCCAGGUGGAAGAUGGCUUCCUGAUCACACUGGGAUUCAUGGAGACACACCCAGGACUGUUGUGCUCCUGUGAUGUCCUUAAGGUAAGGUGAGGUUUAUUGCAUUGCAUCACAGCUUCUGUGAGACAGGCCCAGUUCUUUCACUGCAUCUUCUUCAGCCUGGGUUUCACCACGUUAAUUUACAGCCUCAUCUCCCUCUCUCUCUCCUCAUUCAUUAUUUCUCCUCCUCCCUUCAGUUUUGUUGGGUUUUUUCCAUUUCUUUCAACACUUUCCACUUCUGGGAAAUUCACCACAACCGAACCCAGGCACACAUGGGUGUGAUGACUUGGUAAUUUCAUCACAGCUUGUGCCUGUAGCGUGGAUCAGUGAUGCCAGGGGAGUCAUUUUGCAUUCAGUUUCCUUGUCUGUAACAUGGACCCAGUGGCUGCUUCCCAGGAAUUCCAUAGCAGUUAGGAUGCUUGGAGAAAAGCCCUGCUGGGAGUGACCCUAGUGAGGAUCUCUAACCACCUGCCUGGGCUUUUGAACUCUGCAAGGGCCUUUCUGACUGGUAAUCUCAGGAGCACACACUGCAUGGAAACUGAAGUACAGGCAGCAGGUGGGAGGGAGACUGUGCUUAGUUCUGAAGCCCAGUCUAUUCCCAGAACUUCAUUCUGGAAAGGUCAGAAUAGCCAUCAGAUAGUGGUGCUUGAAAAAGGUGGUUUUGUACUUAGUUUUCAGCAUUGUUCCUGUUAAACAAUGUAGCUACUGGGUAGCUCGAUUCUGAAGGGAAGUUUUAAGGUAAUCCAGAACUCCAGCUGAUCCUGCAGUUGAGCUCAGGUCCAGACAUGAUUUUACUUUAAGGAACAGUUUUCCCAGUGUGGCAAGAGUGACAAGGUAUGUGUUGAGGCACCAGAGAGCCUGGCCCCGUGCAGGUCACUGCUCACCUUCCAUGCGAGAGCAUCCCAGUCAGGCAGUCACAGUCUUCCUUUCACCCUCGGUGAAUGUCGAUCUGUAUCCAUGCAAGUGAGGUGGCAUAGGGAAAGCGCAAAGAAAGGGUGGGUUCUCCCUCAGGAGCCUUUAGCAGUAAGGCACCAAUUAGCUCCUAAGGGGAAUAUUGUGUUUUCUGAUC